AUGAAGUCACUACAUGUAUCGUUACUGGUAGCGUUAUUCGCUGCCUUCAAGCCUCAAGCUUCCGAAGCCCAAAGCCUAAUAGGUAACCUUGUCCAAGGUUCACAUGUCUUUGGCAAUUUAAUUCCUCCAAACAUCUGCAAUGAAGAUCAGAGUCAGAAGUUCAAGGGAGCCCUCGCAGAGUUUUCAUCGCGUUUGUACAGGGUCGCCGGUCAGAGCAGCAACUUCCAUUUUGUCGUGGCCCCAUUAUCUAUAUGGUUGUCAUUGGCAGCGCUCGGAGAAGGAGGAGACCCGAAGUCGCAAAAGGAACUAUUCGAAGUUCUCAAUUUACCCGCAGAGGCAUGUAAGCGCGAGAGGUUUUACCAAAUUGCGAACAGUCUGGCCACGCCGGGAACUGACGUCCAUUUGACCACGACACGCGCCUUGAUUUUGGAUAACAAUCUAAUAAUAAACCCGGAUUGGUCCAAGUUUGUUCACACAGCAAAACUACUGCAUAUAGUGCGAGCUCCAAUAAAGAAACUACUAACAGACCAAGAAAAACCGAUUGAGAAAAGGGAAAUAACGCAAGACGAGGAAUCCUUCGGGAAUUCGUUCCUGAUCGACACUUUGGACUACAGCGGCCUCUGGACCACAGCGUUUCCAGAAGCCACAAUCGAAAGAGAAACUUUCCAUAACGACGAGGGAGUACCGCUCGGUACAGUUGACAUGAUGCGUGCAAAAAGAAGGGCGAGGCUGGGCCAUAUUCCUAUAGCUAAUGCCAAAGUUUUGGAGUUGCCCGUGGGCCACGACGGAAGGUACACGAUAUUGAUAGCAAUGGGCUUAAACAACACGUCCGUUAAUCAGUUGAUGGGCUUGUACCGUCGAUCUGUAGUGAUCGAUAUCUUCAACUCUUUAACCGUCAGUUUGAUCCCGAUCGAUAUUGCUAUACCGAAAUUCCAUGUCACCUCGGAAUACAAUGCUAAAAGGUUACUAGAAGACAUUGGCAUUAAGAGUUUGUGGUACGACCCUGACGCUACUAGAUACGUAUCGAAUCCUGCAGCUCUGCCCGGCGGUUUAUUACAACGGGUGACCGUUAAAAUAGACUCGGCCGGUCUGAACCCAGCACAGACGGCCGCAAACCCGAAUAUAUUGAAUGGAAUCCUCAAUACGGCGACCAACGUGGCCACAGGACUCGCGGCCGCGGUCGGCAGGGAUUUCAUAGCGAACAAGCCGUUCAUGUAUUCGUUGGUCGAUACGAAAACUGAAACAGUCCUCUUUGAAGGGGCAUAUUCUUUGCCCGAUCCUCAGAGCAAACUUUAA